AGGCCGCAGGGAGUGCAGGAGGGCUGUCGCGGAUAUGGGGGAGAGCGCGCUGGAGCCGGGGCCUGUGCCCGCGGCGCCGGCGGGGGGCCCCGUGCACGCCGUUACGGUGGUGACCCUGCUGGAGAAGCUGGCCAGCAUGCUGGAGGCGCUGCGGGAGCGGCAGGGCGGCCUGGCUCGGAGGCAGGGCGGCCUGGCGGGCUCGGUGCGCCGCAUCCAGAGCGGCCUGGGCGCGCUGAGCCGCAGCCACGACACCACCAGCAACACGCUGGCGCAGCUGCUGGCCAAGGCCGAGCGCGUGGGCUCCCACGCCGACGCCGCCCAGGAGCGCGCGGUGCGCCGCGCGGCCCAGGUGCAGCGGUUGGAGGCCAACCACGGGCUGCUGGUGGCGCGCGGGAAGCUUCACGUCCUGCUCUUCAAGGAGGAGGCUGAAAUCCCAGCCAGCGCUUUCCAGAAGGCGCCAGAACCGACGGGCCCGGCGGACCAGUCCGAGCUGGGCCCCGAGCAGCCGGAGGCCGAAGUCGGAGAGAGCUCGGACGAGGAGGCGGUGGAGUCCCGGGCCCGGCGGCUGCGGCGUACCGGGCUGCAGAAGGUGCAAAGCCUGCGAAGGGUCCUUUCGGGACGGAGAGGCCCCGCAGCGCCGUCGCCCACGCCCGUCAAGCCGCCUCGUCUCGGGCCUGGCCGGAGAGCUGAAAGCCAGCCCGAAGCCCAGCCUGCUGUGGCAUCCACGCCGGAGCCAGAGCUUCCGCAGGAUACCGAGGAAGAUCCCGGGAGACCUGGAGCUGUGGAAGCGGCUCUGCUCCAUAUAGAGAGUGCGGCCUAAUGGCUGGGGCUGCCUGCCCACCCCUGUGCCUAUGCCCUGUCCUAAAACAAAUCCUUUCAGAAUGUAGCACUCACACCCAAAUAAGGAGCGAAUCCUGCAUCCACAACCACGCUGUGGCCCUCCCUGCCAAGGGCUCCUUCAGCCUAGUACCCUGUGUCUUCUAGAAGAGGUGCAGCUACUCACACCUGCUUGCCAUUCACUAUCAAUAAAAGUAAUUUCACUUGA